AUGGCGCCAAUCUCGAACCUGGUGUCGCUUGCGACCUUGCUAUCAGUAUCUGGCAGGUCGAUUGCGCAGUUUGUCCCACCCCCAGCCGACCUCAUUGAAAAGACUGGUUAUGCGGAUAUUCCAGUCCGCUACAAGGAGGUUCCAGUGGGAACAUGCGAGUUGGACCCCAAUGUGAAGAGCUACUCUGGGUAUGCGGAUGUUGGCGAAGACGAACACAUUUUCUGGUGGUUUUUUGAAGCCCGCAACCAGGAUCCGUCCGAGGCCGAGCUGACGGUGUGGAUCAACGGCGGCCCGGGUUCGUCGUCCAUGAUCGGGCUGUUCCAGGAGAAUGGCCCUUGCAGAGUCGAUGCCGAUGGGAAUGUGGUCAACAACCCCUAUUCAUGGUCGAAUGCAUCUAACAUGCUUUUCAUUGAUCAACCCGUCGGCACUGGGUUCUCCUACAGCAAAGCAGUUCCGUCCUACCAGAGCAGCUCCGGCAACCUCGUUCAGCUGCCGGACAACGCCUGUCCUGAGUACGCUCAAGGCAGUAACACCUGUGGUACCUGGUCAUCGGCGAACCAGACCCUGACCGCGAACAGCACGGCAGGUGCUGCCCCGAAUUUCUGGAAGACACUCCAGGGAUUCAUGGGGGCAUUCCCGCAGUAUUCACGUGGCGACUUCAACUUUGCAACUGAGAGCUACGGCGGCCACUACGGUCCGAUCUUCAACACUUACAUAGAGGAACAAAACGAGCUCAUCAGGGCGAACAGCUUGUCCGCGCACGAGAUCAACCUCAAGGCUGUGCUCAUUGGCAACGGCUGGUUUGACCCUCUCAUCAGCUACGCCGCCUAUUACAACUUCACGGUCUCACCAGGCAACACCUACGACCUCUCCCCAUUUAACGACACCAUCGCCGAAAUGAUGUACAACGCGAUGUACGGCAAGGGCAACUGCUACGACCAGACCGUGGAGUGCAACACCAACGGUGUCGACGAGAUUUGCAAGGCGGCAGACAACUUCUGCGCCUCAGAGGUUGAGUUCCUCCUAGACACCUUUUCGGGCCGCGAUGAGUAUGACAUCCGCCAGCUUCAGCCCGACCCAUUCCCGCCCACCUUCUAUCUGGACUAUCUCAACAGCGGCGCAUUUCAGUCCGCCAUCGGUGCAUUCGUCAAUUUCACAGAGAGUAGCAGCGUCGUUUCAAAUGCUUUCGACUCCACUGGUGACGACGACCGCAAUGAUGGCACAGUGGAGGCUAUGUCCACCCUGAUCUCCAAGAAUGUGACCGUGGUGAUGUUCUUUGGAGACGCUGAUUACAACUGCAACUGGCUUGGUGGAGAGGUCGUCGCGGAGAAUAUCAACGCGCCCGGGUGGAGCAGUGCCGGAUUUGUCAAUGUCAGCACCUCGGAUAACAUUGUGCAUGGACAGGUAAAGCAGUCCGGUGCUUUCAGUUUCGUCCGUAUCUACGAAUCGGGCCACGAGGUGCCAUUCUACCAGCCGGUGGUGGCUCUGGAGAUGUUUGAGCGCGCCAUCAGCUCCAAGGAUAUCGCGACUGGGCUGGUUGAUGUGGUACCUGGAGAGGUUUAUAUCACCAAUGGUACAGCCCAAAGCACGUACCGGGAAGGCAACUCGACUGUGCAGUACGACGUUACCCCAGACUCGGCGACUUACAACACCUCUCUAAAUGCGCCAAAUCCCGUAAACAAGAAGGAUUUGCGGAGGAGAAGGAGACACACACUGUUUCGAUAA